AUGUCGGCUGCUAGCUCUACUGUCAAGAGUGUCAGCUACGGCGACAGAGAUGCUGCCGGAGACGCAAAAGGGUCCGCUACCGUCGUUGCUGAAUCCCCCGAUGAGGUAGAUGCCGUCCGGACUCCCAGACUGCGGGAGGACCCAGAAGCCAGAGCUGCGUUCCUUGCGACUUUCUCCAAGGAAGAAGCAAACUCCAUCAUGAGAAAAGUUGAUGUCCGUUUCUUCGUCCUGAUUGGACUCAUGUUCAUGGUAAAAAACAUCGAUAAUUCAAACGCAACCCUGAUCAAAGUCCUCCAGGUCGGGAAGCCGACCAAUAUACGCACAGAGCUCGGCAUGUCCUUGGACCAGUACAACUGGGUGGGCUCAAUAUAUGGGAUCCCUUACACCUUGUUCGAGUUUCCGAGCACCCUGGUCCUGAAGUAUUUCACCCCCCACACUUGGCAGUCCCGCAUCUUCUUGUCCUGGGGUAUAGCCACUGCUUGCUCUGGCGCCGUCAGGACCAUGGGCCAGCUGUACGCCUGCCGGUUCCUGGUCGGGCUCUUCGAAGCCGGCAUGUUCCCCGGCGUCAUCACGACCCUGACUUAUUGGUAUCGCACGGACGAAUUUGGCCGCCCUAUGAUGUGGUUCUUCGGAAUCUCGCAGCUAUCCGGCAUUGUGGGAUCACUGCUCUGCUACGGCAUCAGCCACAUAGACGGUGCCCGGGGCCUCUCCGCCUGGCGUUGGGUCUUCAUCAUCGAGGGCUGUGCGACGAUCUUGCUGGGGGGGGUCAUCUUCUGGGUCCUACCCGACUUUCCCAAGUCGCCGCGCAGUAACUCGUGGCUUACACAGCGGGAGCAGGAGUUCAUCGAGGCUCGUCUGCCCACCAACACUCCGACGACGAGCGAUGACAACUUCAACGGCAAGGAGGCCUGGGCUACUUUCAAGAGCCCGGUCAUCUGGGGCUUCACGCUGAUCCAGCUUUCGAUGAACCUCAGUCUCGCAGGCUUCAACUGGUAUCUCCCCACCAUCAUUACCGACUUUGGAUUCGUAGGCCUGCCCGCCAACCAGCUCCUCAAUAUCCCGCCAGUGGCAGCCGGCGUCGUCGGCGUCAUCUUCAGUGCAUGGUUCAUCGGACGAGGAUACUGUUGGAGACCAUUUUCCUGUUUGAUCAUAAUACUGUGCUCGUUGCUGUCUUACAUCUUGCUCAUUACGCUGAACAAGAAUGGUAAAUAUGCUGCCUGCGUCAUCGGCGGCUUCUUCACCAUCGCCUUCUACCCGCCUUACUGGUCAUGGCGGGCGGGAUAUCUGUCGGGGGCCACCGGGGCGUCCUUCGCCAUGGGGCUGCAGAGUUCCAUCUCCAAUAUCGGAUCUGUUAUCUCCCCCCAGUUCUUCCCGUCUAGGUGGCAGCACAAUGGGUACAAGAACAGCUUCGUCAUCUGCAUGUGCAUGGUUGCCAGUGGCUUCCUGUCCACACUCUACGUGUGGUGGCUCACGAGGAGGGUGGAAUCACAAGUGCUGCAAGUAAGACGCGAGAUUCUCAGAGCAAAGAAGGAGGGCCGUGAGUACACUCUCGAGAAUGACAUUGACAUCUCGAAUGAUGAGACACUCAGAAACCGCCGCCUGUGGUAG